CCCCCCCCCCCCCCCCCCCCCGGGACUCCCUAAAAACAAAACAACAACAACGAGCAGUGCUAACGGUUAAACGGUUAAACGGUUUAACGGUUUAACGGUUUGAUACGUGAAGCCUUCAAGCCUCCACGGGAGGAAGUCGGUGUCGCUCGAGGACACACUCCGUCAAGGUAAGUAGCGCGUGCGAGGGGAUUAGCGUUGGAUAGCUAACCGGGAGGCACCGGGAGGCACGUUAGCUAACGUCAAAUAUGACGUUAGCUAACGUGCCUCCCUGUUAGCUACCCAACGCUAAUCUGAGCCGACGUCACUGUGGAUGUUAUCGCCGCUUUCAGAGCAGCUCUGCGGGGGCUUGUGUCACGUCUAUGGGGCUGAAGGGUGGGAACCCACCGGUGUUAACCUCGGUACCUCUCCGUGUCUCCUUGUCUCCUUGUUACCUUGAGGCCACGACCUUUUAAACUCUAUUUACAGGACGGCUGACCUUGUUGUGGAGUAACCGCUUCAUCCUCCAUCUUUUUAGUCCACCGCUCCGCUCCCCUCUCGGACCUCUGCGGUGCGAUCGCCGCCAUGGCCGCGGCGGAGGAGUACAGCGUCCUCCAGGAGGAGCUCACCUGCCCGGUGUGCCUGGACUUGUUCCGCGACCCCCACUUGCUUGCUUGCGGCCACAACUUCUGCAAGACCUGCCUGGACCGCCUAAAGCGGCAAGGGGAUCGAGGCCGCUUCCGCUGCCCGGAGUGCCGCGACAGCCACCGCUGCAGCACCAAUUGCCAGAAAAACUUCAAGCUCGCCAAUAUUGCGGACGACUACCGGCACCGCCGCAGGGCGACCGCCGCGGCGUCGAAGUCCAGAGAGCUGUUGUCGUCUUCUCUGUCGGGGCAUCCGGUCAGAGGCCUGACUACGGUUCCGUGCGACUACUGCCCCUCAGUCGCCUCCGCCGCCGCCGCCGCCGCUUCUCAGGAAGGAGGCGGCGAGCAGGAAGCCGCCGCCGCCGCCGCGUCGGUGUUUGCGGUCAAGACGUGCCUGAAGUGCGAGGUGUCGAUGUGCCAGGAGCACGUGAAGCCGCAUCUGGAGCUGCCGGCGUUCCGCGACCAUCCGCUCAUCGAGCCGAUGAACGACCUCUGGAAGAGGAAGUGCCCGGACCACGAUGAGAUCUACAGAUAUUACUGCAUGGAUGACAAGAGGUGCGUGUGCAACGCUUGCACCAUCGAAGGAGGACACUCGGGACACUCGAUCAAGUCCCUGAAAAACACAAUGAAAGCUCUAAAGGUCACGCUGGAGAAGCAGCUGUACAAGGUGGAGAGGAAGUACAGCGUGGCCGAGAAGAAGCUCCAGGAGCAGAAGGAGAAGGAGAGGCAGAACAAGAAGUUCAUGGACGACUCGGAGCAGUUCCUGACGAGGCUCGGCGAGGACAUGAAGGCCAAGAUGCUCCGCUUCGUCACCCGGUUGCGAGAGUGCACGCGCGCCCACUGCUCCACCAACGGGCCGCUGAUCCAGACCAACAUCUCCAGGAUCUGCCAGGACCAGGACCGCCUGCAGGAGGUCCGGUCCGGCAUCGAAGGCCUCGUGCAGGAGAACGACCCGUUCCGCUUCAUCGAGGCAUACAAGACGACAGGAAAACAGUGCCGUCGGCAGCUGAGAAAAAACAUGUUCUACCCAGAAUACGUGGACAUGGAGACGGAGGUUCUCGGACUGAUGAUAGAGGAGGAAAUGAGGAAGUUCAUCGAGGAGGACCUCCAGUCUCACAUCGUUGCUGCCAUCAACUCCCUCUGUCCAUUAUCAUCAGGUCAUCUUUCAUCAGAUCUCCAGGAGCAGGAGGAAGAUGAAGAUGAAGUGGAGGUGGUGGAGGAGGAGGAGGAGGAGGAGGAGGAGGAGGAGGACGAUGACAGCAGCUUGGAGGAAAUGAGGAGCGAGGGGGAGGAGGAGGAAGAGGAGGAAGAUGAGGAAGAUGAGGAGGAGGAUGAGGAGGAGGAGGAGGAAGAAGACGAUGACGAGGAGGAAGGACGUGACCGGAGUGAGCUAGCCAACGUUCCUUUCAGCCCGGAAGAAGAAGAUGACGACGACGACGACGAUGACGACGACGAAGAGGAAGCGCAAGGAGUUUAACUUGGGACAGGAUUUGUAUCCAUAUAUCUUUACGGUUAUUAAAGCACUUUGGACAGAUGUGUAGGUUGUGACAUCUGUCUCAUUUUA